CUGCCUAGCAGCUGGCCCAUUCCAGUUGGAGAAGGUAGUGAGUCUUUCAGUGGAGCCAGGGUCUGGUGCGUCGUGAGGAGCUCCGCGAUGUCCUCUCAACAGAACGCCGUUUCCGCAAAAGGCUUUUCCAAGGGGUCGUCCCAGGGCCCCGUUCCGUGUCCCGCCCCGGCGCCCACCCCGGCGCCAGCCUCCUCCUCCUCCUGCUGCGGCGGCGGCUGUUGCGGCGACUCGGGCUGCUGCGGCUCCAGCUCCACCAGUUGCUGCUGCUUCCCAAGGAGACGCCGCCGGCAGCGGAGUAGUGGCUGCUGCUGCUGUGGGGGCGGCAGCCAGAGGUCCCAGCGCUCCAACAACCAGAGCUCGGGCUGCUGCUCUGGCUGCUGAGAGGCCCGCAACCCCCAGCGCUGCGCUAGAGAAACCUGCCCAGCCCAGAACGGGCCCGCCCCGCUGCGGCUCCCACGCGGGGCUGGGCCUCGGAGUUUGCCCCGUAAAGCGAAUUGCACUUUGAUGUUCAGAAACCCACUUUGUUCUCAGUCACGCAAAACUCCCUGACCCCGAUGUGAUUUUUCUCCGCGGGGAUUCGAGAGCCAUGCGUGGGACACUGGACCCUACUGUCUGCACGGGUUUGCACACAGCAGGUGCUCAGUAAAUGCCUACUAAUUUGAUUGUCUUUUGAAGAUGUCAUAAUAAAGCUUCUACCUCCUGAGAACA